UUUCUUCAUUAAUCAAAGAACUGUAAAAUUACAACAAAGAGCAAACCCUGAUUAGGGUUUUCCUUCUUUUUUCGGUUGCCAGGGUAACGUUUACUUCCGGUUCAGCUGUAACUCUUCAGCAGGGAACGGCUGACAGUUCAGGAAUGUCAUCUGCAGAACAGAGGUGUAGGAGGUGAUGACAGGAGAAACAGACACAGAAAUACCAGAAACAGGUGCUGUAUUCACCUUUGGAAAGAGUAAAAUAGCAAACAACGUACCCAGCAGGUUAUGGCUAAAGAAUGAUAUACCUGUGCACAUCUCAUGUGGACAGUCACACUCUGCCUUUGUAACAGAGCAGGGCCGUUUGUUUGUGUUUGGAAAUAAUAACAGAGGUCAGCUUGGUCUUCAAACCAAAGGACCGGUGAAUAAACCAACCUGUGUUAAAGUUCUUAAAGGGGAGAGAGCUCAGUUUGUUGCCUGCGGGACUGAUCACACACUCGUAAGCACCUCACAAGGGGAAAUUUUUGCAGCUGGAGGAAACAGUGAUGGACAGCUGGGAUUGGGCCACUGUAAUGACAGCGUUUCUUUCCGGCGGCUCCACCCCUUUUGUGACUAUGCUCCAAUCAAAUUGCUCUCUGCAGGUGGCCACACCUCUGCUGCACUUACAGAGGAUGGCAGGCUGUUUCUGUGGGGUGAUAACUCUGUUGGUCAGCUUGGUUUGGUGAAAGACAGUCAUGCCUUAUUGCCUAAAGAGCUGAAACUGGGACAGUCCAUUCAGUGGGUCUCAUGUGGAUAUAGACACUCAGCUCUGGUCACAGAUAAUGGGGAUGUUUUCACUUUCGGGGAGAGUGCAGACGGACGACUGGGUCUUUCUGCUCAUCAGCUGGCCAACCACAGUCAACCUCAGCGAGUAGAAUCUCUGCACGGGGUUCUGCAGGUGGCAUGUGGAGGCAAGCACACGCUAGCCCUUACAGAGGAUGAGUUAUAUUCUUUUGGCCGUGGGGAGUUUGGGCAGUUGGGGUUGGGGACACUUAUGUUUUUAGCAGACACACCUGUUGCUGUUGGCCACUUCAGGAAAGGCAGGGUCACUCAUGUCACAUGUGGUGAAAACCACAGUGCACUAAUAACAGACAGUGGUCUUCUCUACACAUUUGGAGAUGGCCGUCAUGGGAAGUUGGGCCUUGGAGAUGAGAACUUCACCAAUCAGUUCAGUCCAACUGUAUGCCAGAGGUUCUUGGAUUACUCUGUCAUGACUGUGGCAUGUGGUUCCAGUCACAUGCUAGUGUUCGAACGGCCACGGCAACAGGAAAGUGAAGAAGUUUGUUUAGAGGAUGAAGAUGUUACCUACUCUUACCUGGACAGGUGUUACACCUCAAUGUUACAGGGGCAACCUUUAGAGCAUAUUCCAGACCCAGCACAUGCUCUAGUCUCGCAACCCACCUUUCUCCCCUCAUCUCUUCCAACUUCUCACCGCUGGAGCCUAUCAACACGUGCCAGACGAAGACAGAAGGAGAGCUCAUCUGCACAGUUUGGCCCAGAAUUUUGCAAUCUUCCUCCUCCUACAACUGGCUUUACUGCACUGGCCCUGACAGGCAACAUCUUACAACCCAGAUCUCCGACAGACACUCCUAAACGCUUCAGAACUGAAGCCUUUGUGGAAUCUGCUUCUACCUCAAUCACACUGCCUGCCAGGACAACGCCACUCACACAGAUCACAAAGAAUGAAGAGGACUGCCAUAGUGUUGGAACAUCUGAAAACAGCAUAUCGGACAAGACACAUGAAGAGAAUAAGCAUUCUGGGAUGGUGGAGAAUAUACCUCAAAAGGCUCCACCCACCAAAGUACAGGCUAGUUCUGUUUCUCAUUCAUCAGUGACAGAAUCUCCACCAUCAAGAAACCUAAAAAACAAGAAGCCCAGGUCCGGAGAUCCAAAGAACCCUGCCAUGGCGGAGGAACAUUCUUCUGUUACAGCAUCACAAAGCAAAAUGCAAUCCAAAACAUACAAGAAAACUAUCCAGAGUACAAAUAAUAAAUCUAAAAGUCAAGCAGUAGAGGUCAGAUUAUCUUCAGAUAGAAUGUCAGAUAAGGAAAAGGAGGGAAGCAGUGAAACAUGCAGUACUAAUAUUGAUCAAAGGGACAACAUUUCAAAAGCAGACAAAUAUAGUAAAGUUCAACAUGCAGAUUCCAGAGGUCAAGAGGUCACUGCUCUUGCUGAGAUGAAGAGGAAGACCAAAUCAAGUCCAAUUGAAAUUCAAAAGACUUUCUCCAGAAGUUCUCCAGUUCAGGAAGUUGAACAAGUUAGAACAACGCCCACAAAAGUUCAAGAGGUGAAAUCUCCCAAAAUCAAAGAGAUGGGUAUUCCAGUAGGAACUACAAAAAGGGUCCAGUCGCCAGUCAAGGUUCAAAACAUGCCCUCCGGCGCCAUAGAGGUUAGCAAAGUUGAAUCAACACCCCAGGCAGAUGCUCAAAGAGGCAUCAAGCCAUCCCUUGGAAAUGCCCAAGAGGUCAGAUCAACACUGAUCAACACACAGGAACAGGGAAACUCAACAUCAGUCAAGAUUCCAGCUAAAAUGCAAAGCACCCCAAAAAAAGGAAAAGAAAAGAAUGAUGUUGACACAGAAGAAAGCCCAAGUGAAUUUACACCAAAGAAAGCAAAAAAGAAGAGAUCAGAUGUGGAAAGAGCCCCGAUAGCACCAACACCCAGUCCUCUCUCAGUUUCUAUACCCACACGAAUAUCUAAAGCAAAAAAGGGAAAACCUGUGGAGUCUAAGAACUCAAACUUCCAGCUUAAACAUGCAAUGCCAGCACAAGAAAAAAUAGAAAUCAAAAGGGAAAAUGAUAGUAAAAUACCUCAGAACUCUGAUAUAUCAUUUCCCCCAAUAAAAAAACAAAAAUCAGGAGGAACUGCAGAAAAAAGCCAAUCAGCUUCCAACUUGCACUCGCCCACUGAUAAAGUGUUUACUGAACAGAAGCAUGAAUUUCCAUCUAUUAAAAGUUUAGCUCCAGAAAGAGGCCACUCAUUUUCCAGUUUAUGGUCCAAAAACCAAUCAGCAACCAAUAAAUCUUCUGCCACCAAAAAAACCAAAUCAUCAUCUGGUAAAUUAUUAAGUCCAUCAAGUUCAUCACCACAACACAAGCAGUCACCACUAAAAGAAAAUAAAUUUGCCAGAAAAACAGUUGAACCUAAAGAGCCAGACAGGAAGCCACAGGCUGAGCAGAGCAUUAUGGGUAGUGUAGUUUCAUCACUACCAGCCAUGGCUAUAGCAAGUGCUGCACCACUACUGAUAAAAGCAGCCAAAGUUCUUUCUGAAACCCAACCAGAACCAAGUAUUGAGAUGUCCUCACAUGCAUCAAUGUCCAAGGAAGCAUCAGGAAGCAAUAUCCUGCUAGAACAGGAAGUGGACCAGGACAGCACAGUUCAGGUUGUAUCAGCAAUUAAGGAAAGGGAUGACAGCAUAAUCAGACAGCAGAGUGCACAAGAUGAACAAAAUAUGCUAGUUUCAAAUGAAAACGAAAUGUGGGUGAGUGGUGAUGGAAAAAUAGAGGAAGAGGAACAUGUGAAGUAUAGUGAGACAGAGAGAAAGGAAGAGGGAGGUGAAAAAGAGAGACUCGCUGAGGAAGAAGAUGAACUUCAGGAGGUUGGGCAGGAAGAGGAGAACAGUGCUGUUGAAGAUGAAGAAGAAAGAGAGAGUAAGAGUUAUGAAGGUAGAGGAGAGAGUGCUCAACAGGGAGAGGAGGAAAAUGAAGAAGAGGAGACAUCCAGAAAGGAAGAGGAUGACAGCAAUAGCGGACAGAGCAGCAAAAGUGAGGGAGAGAUGAGUAAAGGGGAAGAAAGUGGAGAUGAGACUGAAAGAGAAGAAGGAGAGCAGAGUGAGGGACAAGAGAAAGAGGAGAGUGAGGAAGGAGAAACUGAUGAAAAGGAGGAAGAAGAUGAAGAGAGUGCUGGUGAUGACAAGGAAGAGGAGAGGGAGAGCUGGGAUGAGGGGAGUGAGAGAGAGGUGGAAGACGAGGAGAAAACAGAUGCAGAGGAGGAGCAGGAAGGAGAGAGCAGUAAUGAGGAGAAAACUGAUGAACAAUCUGAAAGCGACAAUGAUAAAAAGAAUGAGAGGUCAGAUGAAGAGAAAGGAGAGAGUGAAGAAAAGGAUGAGAGUGAGGAAGAGAAUGAGAAAGUGGAAGGGGAGGGAGAACAGGAAGAAAAGGGGGAAGAAGAGAGUGAAGAAGAGGAUGAGGUAGGAAAUGAAGAUGAGGAGGAAAAUCAAGAAGAAGAGAGUGAUCAUGAAGAGGAGGAGGAAAGCAGAGAUCAGGCAAAAGAAGAGGAAGAGGAAGAAGAGAAUAACGAAGAGGAAGAGGGGGUGGAUGAAGAGGAAAAUAAUGAAGAACUGAAAGACAAGAAAGAUGGGGUCACAAACCAGAGUGAAGAAGAGGAGAGUGUGAGAGAAAGAGAAGAGCGACAGAAUGAGGUGGAAGCUGAAGAUGAGGAAAAAAUGUCAGAGACAGAUGGAGAUGGAGACAGAGAAAAACAAGAAGGGAAAGAACAGAUUGAGGAAGAGGACGGAGAAAAAGAAGAGGACAAAAAAGAAGGGGAAAUGGAUACAGCUGAAGAGAAGUUUAGAGAAGAAGAGAAUCUUGACAUUUUAGAGACACAGGAAACAGAGAGAGGAGAUGAAGAUGAUGAGACAGACAAACUGAAUGAAAUGGAGGAAGAAAAUGGACAUGAAGAAGAAGCAGAAGAUGAAGAAAUAGACCAGAAGGAAGAGAAUAAAACAACAGAGAGAAGUCAGAGGAAACAGAGAGAAACUAAUGAAGAAGAAGAGGAGGGAGGUGAAGAAGAAGAAGAGAGUGAGGAAGAGGAGGAAGAAACUGAGCAGGAAGAAGAGGAAGAAGAGAGUGAGGAAGAGGAGGAAGAAACUGAGCAGGAAGAAAAGAAUAUAAAAACAGAUAAAAACAGGAGGAAACCAAGAGAAAGUAGUGAAGAGGAAGAAGAGAGUGAAGAAGAGAGUGAGGAAGAGGAGGAAGAAACUGAGCAGGAAGUAAAGAAUAUAAAAACAGAGAAAAACAGGAGGAAACCGAGAGAAACUAGUGAAGAGGAAGAGGAAGAAGAGAGUGAGGAAGAGGAGGAAGAAACUGAGCAGGAAGAAAAUAAUAUAAAAACAGAGAAAAACAGGAGGAAACAGAGAGAAUCUAGUGAAGAGGAAGAAGAACAGGAAGAAGAGAGUGAGGAGGAGGAGGAGGAGGAGGAGGAAAUAGAGCAGAAAGAAAAUAAUAUAAAAAUAGAAACUAGUGAAGAGGAAGAAGAACAGAGUGAAGGUGAUGAAGAGGAAGAGGAGGAAAAAGAAACAGAGCAUAAAGAAAAGAAUAAUAAAAAAGAUAAACAUGGAAGCGAUGAGGAAGAAGAGGGUGAGGAAGAGGAGGAGGAAGAAACGGAGCGGAAAGAAGAGAAUAUAAAAACUGAGAAAAAUGAGAGGAAACAGAGAGAAACUAGUGAAGAGGAAGAAGAACAGGAAGAAGAGACUGAUGAAGAGGAGGAGGAAGGGGAAGAACAAGAAGGUGAGGAGGAAGAGGAAGAAAAAAACAAAAAAGUACCAAAGCAGAGAGCCAAACCAGAUGCGUUACCUCCGCGCAGACAGACAAAUGCACAGAGAGACAGACAGAAGACUAGACAAAGGCAUCAACAGAAUGUUAAAGGGCAAACAGAUAGUGGUGCUCAGGACCCUCAGUUCUGGAACAAUGUCCUACCACAGUAUCUUAACCUUAAAUGAUCCCAAAGUGUGCAGCGACAGUACAAACACAGAGACCACCCUGAACAUCUGCCUAUAUAUGGAGAGUUCACAGGCCUUGACAUUUGAAAAGUGUUGUGGAUCAGUUCUUUAAACAGGGAAACACAUAAUGUGGUUGAUGGAUGUUGGAGAAGUUAACGUAUUGUAUUCUGAUUUAGUAUAAUAUACAUCCUUUAAAGGGCUGGUUGUUACUUAUGUCUUUAUGGGGAUUCUUGAAUAUCAAGUGCCUUGACUGAAAUGAUUCCAAUCAUAUUCAGUUAUAUAUUGUCAUAGUGUUUAUAUGAAUGUUAAUUUUCAAGCGCAAAUGCGUGAAGUAUUUAUUUCUGUGUACACAAAG